AUGGGUGAUGAUGGGGGGUUAAUGGAUUUAAUGGGUGAUGCUUCUGGGCUGGCGGCAAGGAGACGGGAUCUGCUGAGGAACCGGGCCAGUGAGGAUAAACAAAAUCUACUGACAGCAAUAAACAUCUUCAAACCUUGCAACUCAGAAGUUGGCACUCUGAGAAUUCUUCUGCAUGGACCACAAGGUGCUGGAAAAUCAAGCUUUUUCAACUCUGUGUAUAAUGUUCUCCAGGGCCGCAUCACUACCAGAGCCCUGGCACAUGCAGUAGAAACUGGUCAAAGUUUCACUGUGAAAUGCAAAACAUAUAAAGUGAAGAAGGACAGCCCUGACUCCUACUUUCCUUUCAAUUUCACUGACAUUGCCGGAAUGCACAGUGAAGAUAGAGGAAUAAAGAUGGAUGACAUCAUCAAAUUAUUAAACGGUCACAUCAACAGUGGUUAUAAUUUUAACCCAUUAAAACCAAUUACCGAAGAAGACCCGAAGUAUAACAAGAACCCCACUCUGAAAGACAGGAUUCACUGUCUGGUUGCUGUUUUUCCUGCUAACACUGUUUCUAUGAUGGAUGACACUAAUUUGCCCAUAAUUAGGCAAAUGAGUGAUGUUCGUAAGGAAGCAAGAGACUUGG